AUGAUGGCUGCUGCGGGGAACAGAGUGAUCAAAACCCGCAUCUGCAUGAUCUCCGAUACUCACACAGCCGAACCACGCCCCCGAUUACAAUCCUCCUACGCCUACCGCAGUCCUCUCCCUGAGGCAGAUAUUCUCCUUCAUGCGGGUGACCUGACCAAGGUCGGCUACAGUGUCGAGCAUGCGGCGAUGGUCGAGAUGCUCAAGGCAGCGAAGGCGGAGCUGAAACUCGUCAUCGCCGGCAACCACGACAUCACUCUCGACGAAGAAUACUUUACCAAUUUUGGAUAUCAACGGCACGGACGGCCGGAAUGGCUCGGUGGUAAGGGUAUCCUGCUUGAAGAUGACGAGGAAUCCCUUGGGGGAAGCAUUCGCACCGGUGCCGUACCGUCGCUUGCACAGAUGAAGGCCUACGUACGACGCGUCAAAGAUAUGUACACGAACGAAUCAGCCCGCGCCGCCGGCAUCCGAUACCUUGAGGAGGGCGUGCAUACCUUCACCCUCCGCAAUGGGGCACAGUUGACCGUAUACGCCUCGCCCUAUCAGCCCGAGUUCUGUCGCUGGGCCUUUGCCUAUCCUCGUUCCCAGGACCGCUUCAACCCUCCCCUCCCCGGCACUACGGCCUCCUCUCCGCUCAACCCCGUCCCCGACUUCCCCCAAAUCGACAUCAUGCUCACACACGGUCCUCCUGCGGGCGUCUUGGACCGCGUCGGUCGAGAUCCCGAAACACAUGUUGGGUGCCGACACCUACUCCGCGCAGCCGAGCGCUCUAGACCCCGACUAUAUCUAUUUGGACAUAUUCAUGAGGGAUGGGGAGCGGUUCGUGGCACCUGGGACAUAACCAUGCCUGAUGGGAUGCGACAGGAGGCAAUCCCUACUGAUAAGGAAGAUAUGCUGGAGCAGCGCGGGGCAUUCUAUGAUAUGAGCUCCGAAAGUACGCGGCCCUUACAGUAUGGGAAGGAGACGUUGUUUGUGAAUGCCAGCAUUAUGACGCUAGGAUAUUCCCCUGAUAAUGCGCCUUGGGUGGUUGAUUUGGACCUUCCUAUUGCUGAAGUGGCCCAACCUUGA